AUGUGCUUUGGACUGACGAAUCAAACGUUUUUGGCCACCACCAAAGAAGCUUGCGAGCUGAUGAACCGGGGGAUCCUGGCCCUGGUCAGCUCCAUCGGCUGCAUGUCGGCGGGGUCUCUGCAGUCGCUGGCGGACGCCAUGCACAUCCCGCACCUGUUCAUCCAGCGGGCGCCGUCCGGCACGCCGCGCUCCAGCUGCCCCGAGACCAGCCGCUCGCACUCCGACGACUACACGCUCUUCGUCCGCCCGCCCGUCUACCUCAACGACGUCAUCCUGCACGUGGUGAUGGAGUACACCUGGCAGAAGUUCAUCAUCUUCUACGACACGGAAUACGACAUCCGGGGCAUCCAGGACUUCCUGGACAAGACGUCGCAGCAGGGCAUGGACGUGUCCCUGCAGAAGGUGGAGUCCAACAUCAACAUGAUGAUCACCAGCAUGUUCCGCACCAUGCGGGUGGAGGAGCUGCACCGCUACAGGGACACGCUCCGUCGGGCGGUGCUCUUCAUGAGCCCUGCCACUGCCAAGGCCUUCAUCACUGAGGUCGUGGAGACCAACCUGGUAGCCUUUGACUGCCACUGGAUAAUCAUCAACGAGGAGAUCUCAGACCAGGACGUCCAGGAGCUGGUGAUGAAGUCCAUCGGUCGGCUGACUCUGGUGAGGCAGAUUUUUCCCAUUGCCCAGAACGGCAGCCAGCGCUGUGUGCGGCACAACCACCGCAUCAACACCUCCCUCUGCGACCCCAAGGACCCCAAAGCGCAGACGCUGGAGAUCACCAACCGCUACAUCUACGACACGGUGCUGCUGCUGGCCAACACCUUCCACCGCAAGCUGGAGGACCGCAAGUGGCAUAGCAUGGCCAGCCUGACCUGCAUCCGCAAGAACUCCAAGCCCUGGCAGGGAGGACGCUCCAUGCUCGACACCAUCAAGAAGGCUGGAGUCAGUGGACUGACCAAUCUGUUGGAAUUCACCGAGAAUGGAACCAACCAGAACAUCAACUUCGAGAUCCUUGGGACCAACUACGGGGAGGACCGAGGUCGGGGCGUGCGCAAGCUGGGGACCUGGGAUCCGGUGCACGGGCUGAACGGAACGCUGACGGACAGGAAGCUGGAGAACAACAUGAGGGGCGUGGUGCUCCGUGUGGUGACCGUGCUGGAAGAGCCCUUUGUGAUGGUGUCGGAGAACGUCCUUGGAAAGCCAAAGAAAUACCAAGGGUUCUCCAUAGAUGUGCUGGACGCUCUUUCCAAUUACCUGGGAUUCAAGUACGAGAUCUACAUCGCUCCUGACCACAAGUACGGGAGCCAGCAGGCAGACGGGGUCUGGAACGGGCUGAUCGGAGAGCUGGUCUCCAAGCGGGCGGACGUGGGGCUGUCGGCGCUGACCAUCACCCCGGAGCGCGAGAGCGUGGUGGACUUCACCACGCGCUACAUGGACUACUCGGUGGGCGUGCUGCUGCGCAAGGCCGAGCGCACCGUGGACAUGUUCGCCUGCCUGGCGCCCUUCGACCUCUCGCUGUGGGCCUGCAUCGCCGGCACCGUGCUGCUGGUGGGCCUGCUGGUGUACCUGCUCAACUGGCUGAACCCCCCGCGGCUGCCCAUGGGCUCCGUCUCCUCCACCACGCUCUACAACUCCAUGUGGUUCGUCUACGGCUCCUUCGUCCAGCAAGGUGGCGAGGUCCCGUACACAACUCUGGCAACCCGGAUGAUGAUGGGAGUGUGGUGGCUCUUCGCGCUGAUUGUCAUCUCCUCCUACACGGCCAACCUGGCAGCCUUCCUGACCAUCACUCGUAUCGAGAACUCCAUCCAGUCUCUGCAGGACCUGUCGAAGCAGACGGACCUCCCGUACGGCACCGUGCUGGACUCGGCCGUGUACGACCAGGUGCGCAGCAAGGCCAUGAACCCCUUCGAGCGCGACCCCAUGUACUCCCAGAUGUGGAGAAUGAUCAACCGCACGGGUGGAGCUGACAACACCGUGGAGGAGUCCAAGGAGGGCAUCCGCAAGGUGAAAUACGGACGGUUUGGCUUCGUGUGGGACGCGGCGGUGUUGGAGUACGUUGCCAUUAACGACGAGGACUGCUCCUUCUACACGGUGGGGAACAACGCGGCCGACCGCGGCUACGGCAUCGCCAUGCAGCACGGGAGCCCUUACCGUGACAUCUUCUCCCAGAGGAUCCUGGAGCUGCAGCAGAACGGGGACAUGGACAUCCUGAAGCUCAAAUGGUGGCCGCGCGACAGCCCCUGUGACCUGUACUCCACGGUGCAGACCCAGCACCGCGGCAACGCCCUGGACAUACACAGCUUCGCCGGCGUGUUCUGCGUGCUGGCGGCGGGCGUGGUCCUCUCCUGCCUUAUCGCCAUGGUGGAGACCUGGUGGACCCGGCGGAAGGGCUCACGGGUACCCUCCAAGGAGGAUGACAAAGAGAUCGACCUGGAGCACCUCCACCGCAGGGUGAACAGCCUGUGCACCGAGGACGACAGCCCCCACAAGCAGUUCUCCACCUCCUCCAUCGACCUGACGCCCCUGGACAUGGACUCCCUGCCGGCAGCGCGCCAGGCCCUGGAGCAGAUCAGCGACUUCCGCAACACGCACAUCACCACCACCACCUUCAUCCCGGAGCAGAUCCAGACGCUGAGCCGCAGCCUGUCCGCCAAGGCCGCGGCCGGCUUCAACUUCGGGGCGGUGCAGGACCACCGGACUGGGGGGCCCUUCCGGCAGCGGGCCCCCAACGGAGGCUUCUUCCGCAGCCCCAUCAAGACAAUGUCCACCAUCCCGUACCAGCCCACCCCCGCGCCCAGCUUCGGCUACGGCAACGACCCCGACCGGGGCACGUCCAUUUAGGGCGGAGCGAGGGCGCGCCGGGCGAAAAAAACGAAUACAAGUUCACUCACACGCACACACACGCACACGUACAGGCGCACACACGCACACUCGCGCGAGAGAUAUGUACAUAGAAAUCUUUCGAAGUUUUACUAUUUUUU